GAGCGCUAGUCGCCCCACCCCGCCUCUCCAACGCUGCCUUUUCAAUGUGCAAUUCCCGAAGAAAAGGGCCGAGAGACGCGAAAUGGCCAAAAGAGACGCCUUUCUUGUUCUGUAUCCCUACGCCGUUUGCAAUUGAAAGGAUCGCAAUCAGCCUGGAGUUCGUUCCGUGAUCCGCCACAUAUUCAUAAAUCUAUAUGCACUUGAAUAUCUGCCAUUCGAAUUCAAAAUGAAUAUAGAGCUGAGACUGACAGCGGGCUCUACCUGCAAGAAGCAGGAAAACACCGAGGGCUUCUGGUAAAUACCUUUUCCCCCCCCCCCAGCAGAUCGAGGAAAUCAAAACCGCGGGCAACGCGAGGGAACUUGGCGUCCGCCUGCCUGGAGCUUUACGGAUGCGAGGAGCAGCACAAGAUACGGCGACGGACGGGAAAGACAGUGAGGGGCCUCGGAUUGUGACAAGAUCCAGCGAGCAGCAACCAUCGCAGAAGAGGAGGACCAUAAGAGGGGGCGAAUCUACCUUAAAUGUUUUCCUGGAGUAAAAAAAUAACAUCAGAGACGUAGAUACGACAUCAUAUUUGUGAAUGUAGAAAAAUAUAGGCAGAUUUAGCAACUGUCAAAAUAAUUCCCUGGAGGUAAUUUUACUGUUGGUAAUUAUUUUCGUCCCCCCCUCUCUCGGUCUUUCUCUCCCGUCUCUGUGGAGGAAGACGCUUUGGAAGGAAAUGAUCAGAAACAUACGCCGAUCCAACUGGAGCUGUUUAUUUUAGUCGGACAGCCGCCUACAAAUAACCCCAGUCCGCCUGACGGGCGAUCUAAAGCUUCUCCACGGCGAUCGUCGGGUUUCUGUCGCGGUUCCGCGAUAUCUGAGCGGGAUCCUUCGCGAUCCUUUUUAAUGGAUCCAUGUUAGCCGGACUGUAAAACAGAUAUCACCGCCGAUCCGAGUACACACCGUCUGCUUUACCGCUGGAAGGAUAUGUAAUAAAAAAUAUACGAGUAACCGAGCCCGAAAAGGCAUCCCGGGUGUCGUCAUCAGCACCGUCCUAGCGCCCUUUCUUACCGACCGAUUUGUUGGAAAUAAUGUGCACAUCACAGUAAAGAAACAGUGUAUAAACAAAAAUCGCCAUCAAGUAUUUCGUAGGCCACCUUAUUCAACAGUCGGUAUGUGUGAAAAAUCGCUUUCGGGGUGUUAAUUCCGCGGACCAGGCGAAGACGAGGAGCUAUUUAUUUAUUUAUUUAUUCGCCAUUUAUUUAUUUUAUUAUCAUUUUCCCAAAAAAAAUUUCCCCCCUCCCCUGAACCGAUUUUUCUUUUGGGGAGGGGAAGAUGGGCUGUUUGGGAAAUAAGACCGAAGACCAGAGGAAUGAGGAGAAGGCGCAGAGAGAAGCCAACAAAAAGAUAGAGAAGCAGCUUCAGAAAGACAAGCAGAUAUACCGAGCGACGCACAGGUUAUUACUGCUCGGAGCUGGAGAGUCUGGGAAGAGCACCAUAGUUAAGCAGAUGCGGAUACUGCAUGUGAACGGCUUCAAUGCAGAAGAGAAGAAGCAGAAAAUUCAGGAUAUAAAAAACAACAUAAAAGAAGCUAUAGAGACUAUUGUGGCAGCCAUGGGCACACUGGUACCACCAGUUCAACUCGCCUGUCCGGAGAACCAGUUCCGAAUCCAAUACAUUCUCAACAUAGCCUGUCAAAAGGACUUUGAGUUUCCACCGGAGUUCUAUGAACACGCCAAAUCGCUGUGGCAGGAUGAGGGGAUCAGGGCGUGCUUCGAGAGGUCCAACGAAUACCAGCUCAUUGACUGCGCGCAGUACUUUUUAGAGAAGAUUGACAUUGUAAAGCAGAGCGACUAUACUCCCACAGAUCAGGACCUGCUGCGAUGUCGAGUGCUCACCUCUGGGAUUUUCGAGACGAGGUUCCAGGUGGAUAAGGUUAAUUUCCAUAUGUUUGAUGUGGGGGGACAGAGAGAUGAACGACGCAAGUGGAUCCAGUGUUUCAAUGAUGUGACGGCCAUUAUUUUUGUUGUGGCCAGCAGUAGCUACAACAUGGUUAUCCGGGAGGACAAUCAGACCAACCGCUUACAGGAGGCUCUCAACCUGUUCAAGAAUAUCUGGAACAACAGGUGGCUACGGACCAUUUCUGUCAUACUGUUCCUCAACAAACAGGACCUGCUGGCUGAGAAAGUUUUGGCUGGGAAAUCCAAAAUCGACGAAUACUUCCCAGAAUUUGCGCGCUACACCAUACCUGAUGAUGCAACGCCGGAACCCGGAGAAGACCCACAGGUCACCAGAGCAAAGUAUUUCAUUCGAGAUGAGUUCCUGAGGGUCAGCACAGCCAGCGGAGACGGGAGACAUUACUGCUACCCGCACUUCACCUGCGCCGUGGACACGGAGAACAUCCGCCGCGUCUUCAACGACUGCCGGGACAUCAUCCAGCGGAUGCACCUGCGGCAGUACGAGCUCUUGUGAUGGACAGAGGUGGACAGACGCCAGAGCCCAGCCCCUAAACUGAUUCCGCCCUUCCGCCAACCCCCCCCCCCCCCCCCCCCCCCCCCAAUCCCUUGCUGUCCACUCUGGUUUGGUGUUUCUGUGAGGACAUCUUCUCUCUGCGUUUAAGGAAGAAACAUGCCACGCAGGACUGAAAGACCCUCCAGAGGUAGCGUUGACCACAAGAAGAGGAGAGGCUGCUGAAACUCCUUGCACUUUAGUUCUGCGCUCAGAAUGGUCCUCCAUCUGACAGGGACGAGCAGUGUGCCCGCGUUCUCCACCCCAGCCAUCACGCGCUCACCGCCUUUGCCGCCUCCAUCUUCCUUUUUGCCUUCAUUCCGCACAGACGACGCCAACUCCCAGUUUUGACCCCCUUGUCACUCAGUGACUGGCAUCCCCUACGUUAGCUCCUAGCGUGCGGUGGGCACGCUCGAUCUGUUAGGCCGCGGCCCCAGGGGAGCCCGGUGACUGCAGCUCCCGCAGACCUUCCAGAAGAGCCAGGCCAACGUGCUGCUUCGGUUAAGGGCGCCCAAGGCUGGCCUGCUGCCCCACGCAAGGAAGGAGGACAUUAAACCAAUAAAAGAAGCAGUAGAUUGUAAAGCACAGUUUGCCUCAGGAUGGCCGUUUGGUGUGGAAGUGCAUGUCGUAUGAACACAUGACCUCUCAUUGACCUUUCCAAGAGUCGCCGUAUAAUGCAGAGUGGGCCGAAAGCGGGCACAGAAUAUCACACGUGGAGAACACGUGUGUGUGCGCGCGUGCAUGUAUGUUCACAGGCGUGCGUACAGACGCGCACACGUGGAAGCAGUGACACCGAUGGACUCUCUUCAUCCCCCCAGUUGUGUGCUCGUGUUGAAUGUCUGUGUGAUGCUGUUGUGCUCUUGAUCCAUCAUUCCUGGCCCUUUGCCCUUGUAUUUUUAUGUGUUUUGAGGGAAGCUUCAUUAACAAAUAAUGGUAAUAAUGAAAUACAGAAGAGGAGAGCCAGAAAAGAACUUUAAAACUUUAUAUAUAGAAACCCAUUGCCAACCCCCACCCUUCUCCUGUUGACCUAGGCAGGCAUUAUUAUUAUUAUUAUUAUUAUUAUUAUUAUAUAUAUAUAUUUUUUUUUUACUGCUGGACUACUGCUCUUGUACAGACUGUAAAAUGUAUUAUUUUGUACAACUUUAUUGAAACAAAAAAAUACUUGUAGAAGAUCCCUGUGCCUUGAUCACAAUUGUAUGUAUAUAAUGAGCUAAGAUGUAAGGAAUGUUUCACUGCGCUGUACAGCCUGCCCCCCCCCCUCGCCGCUGUGUUCUCCCCCUAUUCAGGGGGAGGUGGUGAUGUGUAUUUUGUGGGGCAGGAUGGAUGGGGGGGGGUGCUGUUCAUAGUUUAAAAAAAAAAAAAAAAAAAAUCCCCAUUUUUUUGCUUUUCUGAUUUAUAUAUAGCUGUGUGCUUGUUUGUGUGUGUGAGGGUGUGUGUUUGUCUGCAGGGUUCAUGCAGGUCCUCAAAGUCUUUGGAAGUCUUUGAAAUAUGGGACAGCAGUGGCGGUGAUACAGUUAACAGCCCGUGGCAAGGGGCCGCCCACCUGGGGCCCCGAGGAGGGCCACACUCCGUGACCGGAAGGCCCUGUUACACCUUACUGUCCGUCUUCAGUUUAUCAGCGUUUAUAGUGUUGGUCACGUAUGUUGAUGCUGGCCGAAAGGCCGCCAUGUGUCUGGAUGGGCAGCAGGUUUCCUUACCCAAAAUGUUUCAUUUUUAUGAAGCAGAUGAGAUAUUAAGAUCUGGUGAGUUGAUAGAAGAACACAGACAGUCUAACACAUUCUUUAUUGUAAUUAGUGUGGUAUAGCAAGUGCAUUUUAAGGUUUUAUUUUCCAUUUUUUUUAUUACAGAAACCAUAUGCAAUAUUUCUGUCUGCUGAGUGAGCUGCCCUGAAAUUGGAAGCUAUAAUGUUGUUUCAUUUUUUUGUUUAAAUCUCCCUACUGAUGUGUAACAGGACAGUUUUAUCUCCCGUUCCACAUGUAGGUGCUGGGGGAUUUUCGGGCCCCCUGGCGUAACAUGAACAGCGCACUCAUCAUGUUUUUCAGCUUCUCUGUUGUUAGAUACCCAAAGUCAGUGUUAAUGAAUUAAAAUCUCCCUGACCAGAACACCAGACCAUUAGACCACAGAAGCAGGAUGAGGCUGUGAAGUCUGUCACACACAGGUAGCGUAACCAACACAGCGUGAAUUUCAGUUGGUAUAGGCCCAUGUGGGUCCUCAGAUGACACUGUGAGAAGCUUGCAGCACUUAAUGUUUUCUUCUGUUCCAUUCUGGCUUAAUGGAGGUACCUGCUGUUAUGGACACCUUAGUGAUGAUGCAAGAGUGAAACCUUAUGGAACCUUAUUACUGUGCUGCUCAAACCACCCUUUGAUAAAAUACACCCUGUGGUUUGGAAUGGUGUCAUUUUUGGGAACCAUCCUCCCAUCAAGAAAUGAAAAUGCAUAGUGGGAUGUAGUUGCUAUGAUUGCAUGCAGCCUUAACACAACUGUUGGUUCAGUAUCAUUCAGUCACAGUACCAAACUCUGUAGGACUUCUUUCAGUCCCUUUUGUGUUGAUACAGGAUGUCCCUUGCCCAUGCUGUAUACUCUACACAGUUUAUCCACUGUUGUUUGCUUUGCUGUGAGACUUUUUCACGGUUUUGGAGUUUCCACUUUCUAAUAAUUGUAAAUGUUUUUGUUGGUCUGCUCUGCUGUCACUUGGAGACCGUUUCUUGUGACACCUUGCACCAACAGCUGCAGUUCUUUUAACUCAAAGCCAAUAAUGUCAUCUUUUUUAGCCAUUAUUCUUUGCUCCAGUGGCACUAAGCAUUCUGCAUGCAUGUACAAGCCAACUGGAUUACUGAGAAGAAAUGUGCCCAUCUCACUUCUGAUUAGUGUGGCUUCAUACCAUACCAUGAAUAUCUUACAUUACAUGGGCUGUUUCUUGUCUGUUACCCAAAUAGUACUUUUCCCAUGGAUUUUUUAUUUUCUUUUUUAAAAAAAAAAAAAAAAAAAAAAGCUUGGUUUUUAAAUGACAGUCAUGUUACCAUAUAAGAACAUUUGCCAUACAACAUAUUUGUCAUAAUUCAAAUGAUGCUAUGGUGAAGCCAUUUGGACAGAGGUUGGGAGGAUUAAGUAUUAAUGACACAAGCUCUUGAAAAUGUCCUGGAAAGUGCUUGAAUUUCAUGUACCAAAGUCUGUAUGAACCCUGUAUGUUUGUAUAUAUGUUUACUUGCGAUGUUUGUUUUAAUCCAUUUACAUUGUAUAUAUAUAAUGUACAUGGUUUAAAAGGUGUGUCUAUAUGUAUAGAUAUAGAGUGAUAACUUAAAUCCUUUCAGUAAGCACA